GUUGCAUAUUAACGCACUGAAUGCAUAGGGGAGCAAGUGUAAGGACACCGUAUCAUCCGGCGAAGAUGACGACUGGAGCGCUUUUUAGAUAUACGGUUUAUUUUGGAAUUAUAUUCCCGUUUAGCCACAUGCGAAUGUUCACGAAUAACUGGGCGGUAAGAAUAAGCGGAGGUCAUGAACAUGCUGAUGCAAUUGCUGAAAAAUAUGGAUUUGUUAAUAUGGGCCAGGUCGGUGGGCUGAGGGACUACUACCACUUCCUGCACCGAGAUACCAUCAAACGCUCUCCCAUAGCGAGCCAAGGGAACCAUAGUCUCAUUGCCACAGAGAGCCAGGUGGAAUGGAUCCAACAGCAGAUGGUUCAGAGGAGGGUGAAACGCACUGAAACAGCUCAGACCCACUCCACCCACUUUAAUGACCCACAGUGGGACAGCAUGUGGUACAUUCACUGCGACCAGAACUGUCCGACUGACAUGAACAUCAAGGCAGCAUGGAGAAGAGGCUACACGGGGAAAGGUGUAGUGGUCUCUAUUUUGGAUGAUGGUGUGGAGAGACAACAUCCAGACCUAAAGCAGAACUACGAUGCUCAAGCCAGCCAUGAUGUUAAUGGAAACGACCCCGACCCCACACCACGCUAUGAUUCCACUAAUGAAAACAAACAUGGGACAAGGUGUGCUGGAGUGGUGGCUGCCUCAGCUAACAACUCCCUGUGCAUGGUCGGAAUUGCCUACAAUGCCAGGAUAGGUGGUGUUCGUAUGUUGGAUGGUGAUAUGACAGACAUGGUGGAGGCCCAAUCACUUAGCCUGAGGCAAAAGUACAUUGAUAUCUACAGCUCCAGCUGGGGUCCGGACGAUGAUGGCAAAACAGUAGAUGGUCCCGGACCCCUUGCUCGCCUUGCUUUAGAGAACGGCAUACGCAAGGGCAGGAAGGGGCGUGGCUCCAUCUUUGUCUGGGCAUCAGGGAAUGGGGGGCGGAGCCAAGACCACUGCUCAUGCGAUGGCUACACCAACAGCAUCUACACUAUCUCUCUGAGCAGCACCACCCAGAGUGGCCACAAGCCCUGGUACCUGGAGGAGUGCUCAUCCACUCUAGCCUCCACCUACAGCAGUGGAGAGAGCCAUAGCCAAGGCAUCGUGACCACAGACCUGAGGCGGCAGUGCACUGACCAGCACUCAGGCACCUCGGCCUCAGCCCCCAUGGCUGCUGCAAUCAUUGCCCUUACCUUGGAGGCAAACCCACUGCUGACCUGGAGAGAUGUGCAGCACAUCAUUGUGAGGACAUCCCGCCGAGGUCACCUGAGUGCCCCAGACUGGCAGAGCAAUGGGGCUGGAUAUGAUGUGAGCCAUCUGUAUGGGUUUGGGUUGAUGGACGCGGGGGCAAUGGUGAAAGAGGCAGAAACCUGGAGACAGGUUCCUACUCAGCAUGUAUGUGAGGAAAACACUGGUCAGGAUGAAAGAGUCAUUAGUCCAGAAAGAGUGUUGAGGUUGGUCUAUAAGUCCUCAGGCUGUGCUGCCCAGCGUGGUCAGCAUGUGGCGUAUCUGGAGCACGUGGUUGUACGCAUCACAAUCACUCACCCGCACCGUGGAGACCUGUCCAUCACCCUCACCUCCCCCUCUGGGACCACAUCCCAGCUUCUUGCUGUUCGACCCAAUGACCACUCAGCCAAAGGCUUCAGGAAGUGGGAGUUCAUGACUACACAUUGCUGGGGUGAGAAGGCAACUGGAGACUGGAUCCUGGGGAUUAGAGACCUCCCAUCACUGAGGAGGAACACCCAACGACAGGGGAAAUUGUUAGAAUGGACUUUGGUGAUUUAUGGCACAUCUGGGCACCCAUAUGAACGGCACGAACAACCCCGCUCAGCUGAGAUGUCCAGCGAUUACAAUUCUGAAGAAUACAACAGUUCUUGUGACCCAGAAUGCAGUGAGGACGGCUGUGACGGUCCAGGCCCACUUCACUGCUUUUCCUGCUUGAAUAACGUUCUGAGGUUCAAGAAUGGCACUAGGACGUGUUUGUCUCAUUGCCCACAGGGCUUCUGGAGUGACCGGAAGCGCUGCAGGAAGUGCUUCCCCAGCUGUGCCACCUGUACCGGCAGCCUCGCUAAUCAGUGCUCCUCGUGCGAAGCCCAAUACUACCUUGACAAGGAGAGCAGCAGCUGCGUGACCAGCUGCAGAGAUGGAUACUACACCAGCCAUGAGGAGAAAUUGUGUAGGAAAUGCAGUGAGAGCUGUGUGAAGUGUACUUCACCCACUGUAUGCACUGAGUGCCCACAAGGCACAAGCCUUAUGGGGAACAGGUGUCGGAAGACUUGUGAGCCUGGUACCUUUUAUGAUGAGAGUAAUAAUGCCUGUGAACCAUGCCAUGAAGCCUGUGCUACAUGUGCAGCUGCAGGCAUAGAGUCCUGCAACCGCUGUGCUGUUGGGUAUCUGAUGGAGGAAUGGAAGUGUGUGUCCUCCUGCAGUCAAGGCUUUUACCUAAUGCACUCAGACCCCGCUAGACAGACCCAGAGCUCUUGUAGGAGGUGUGAUCCUAGCUGUCUGGAGUGUGUUGGACCAGGCAAAGGGAAUUGCAGUGCAUGUUUGGAUUGGCACUCACUGCAUAACGGGGCGUGUGUGCUGAUUCAUGAUUGUAGUACUGGAGAGUACCGGGAUGACUCUGGGAAUUGCUGGGCAUGUGAUAGAACCUGUCAUAAGUGCAAAGGGCCACAGAAUGAUGACUGCAUUUGGUGCUCAGCUUCCCGCUGGUUGGAUGAGGGCCAGUGUGUGGCACACUGCCCAAAGGGGAAGUACAAGUCCAGUGGGCAGUGCCAUGUGUGUGACCACACCUGUGGUCAGUGCAUGGACGCUGGCCCUGCCAGCUGCACCAGCUGUGACAAAGAUAAAUUUGGCCAGGACCGGUACCUGUAUGCUGGACAGUGCCUGGUUGCCUGCCCCGAGGCCCAUUUCUCCACCGACCACAAGACAUGCGAGCCGUGUUCAGAACACUGCAGGCUUUGUUCUUCUGCAACACGCUGCCUUGAAUGCAAGAGCUCCUACUACCUCAACCAAGGAAGCUGCACACAGCUUGAGUGUGGAGAGGGGGAGGUCAAGGACCCAGAGUAUAAUGAGUGCAUGGCAUGUGAAGAAGGCUGCAAGACGUGUGUCCUGUAUAACCCCAAACACUGCCUGUCCUGCAUUGAUGGAUAUUACAAGUAUGAGGAGGGUUGCUACAGGCACUGCCCUGCUAAGACAUACACUGUAGAAGAUACAAUGAGCUGUGUGGCUUGUCAACAAGACUGCAUCAGCUGUGAUGAGGAGGAGUGCCACUGGUGUGAGACCGACCUCUUCCUAUCAGAUGGGAUGUGCAUGCAAGAGUGUCCAGAGGGUUUCUACGGUGAUGAGAACACACAGAAGUGUGAGAAGUGUCACAAGGACUGCCAGAAAUGCAGCGGACCAGGAGACGAGGAGUGUGUGAGAUGCCGGGAUGGCCUGGUGCUGUCCAGUGGAGAGUGUGCGCGGGAGCAAGAGAGCUGCCCUGAAAAAACCUACCUCACUGAUGAUGGGGAGUGUGAGGCCUGCCAUUCCUCCUGUGAGGUGUGCUGGGGCAGCCAGAGGAACCAGUGCCGAGCAUGCAUCUCAGGGCGGUAUAUGAACGCAGACGAUCUGUGUGUCACCCGCUGCCCGAUGGGCACCUUUGGUAGUAAGAAGACUGGGCACUGUGAGCCAUGCGCGCAGGGCUGUGCCAUGUGCCAGGACCAGCAGCACUGCACUCGCUGCCUGGCAACGCGCAAGAGUGCCCUCUACUUGCAGGAUGGACAGUGUGUCCGCCAGUGCUUCAGAGGCUACCCUGCUGGAACGGUAUGUAAGAGCUGUGCAGCAGGAUGUGCGUCGUGUGAGCAGAACGCCACGCACUGUCUCAGCUGUGAUCAGCCCUUACUGCUUCAUAGACAUGAAUGUGUGGAAAUGUGUCCCCCUGCACACAGUCUUCACAAUGAAGAGUGUGUGGCCUGCCCACAAGACUGCCGACAGUGCUCUGAGGAAGACCAGUGUACAGAGUGUAACGACAUCACUUUCCUAUAUGACGGAGAGUGUAUUUCUGUGUGCCCUGAUGGCUACUUCAAGCACACAGAGCAACAUAUGUGCAUGCGGUGUCACUCUGACUGUAAACUGUGCGACAGCCCAGGCCCUAACAACUGUGACUCCUGCAAUGACCCUGACAGUACUCUCCAAGACGGAGCAUGUGUGACAGCCUGUCCCCCACAAACCUACAGGGACAGCAGAUCUGAGGAGUGCAUGAUGUGUCACGGCACCUGUCAGACCUGCUCGGGUCCCCUGGACACAGACUGUCUCAGCUGCUCUGAGGGCCUGAGGGCAGAUGCGUAUAAGCGCUGUGCCACGCCCACCACCUGCCCCUCCCACCACUACAGCGACCAUGACGGCGAGUGCCACCUGUGCCACAGGCAGUGCCACCAGUGCUCGGGCCCGGAGCUCAGCCAGUGCCUCAGCUGCUACGCCGGCCACUUCCUGAACAAUGGUACCUGUGUAAAGAGCUGUCCCACGGGCUUCUUUGGUGGGGAGACCCAGAAGUGUGAGCCAUGCCACCCCAACUGCAUGACCUGCAUAGGCCGCCGUAGUUACGAGUGCCUGAGCUGCAGAGCCCACCUUUACAGAAAUGGCAGGGAGUGUGUGGAGACCUGCCGGCCCAAUCACUAUGCGGAUAUGGACUCGAGGGUAUGUGAGCGGUGUGAUGAGAGCUGCCGGGAGUGUGAGGGAGCGGAUGCUGACAGCUGCCUAAGCUGUAGGGACGAUCUGCUGUUCGUGAGGAAGCAGAGCCACUGUGUGAGCUCUUGCCCUGACCUGCACUACCAUAACGUGGCAUACCGCUCCUGUGAGCCCUGCCAUGCAACCUGCAAUUCUUGCACAGGUAAAGGGGAACAGGACUGUAGCUCCUGUCAUCAUGGAUACACACUUACCGAGGGAACUUGUGAGUCUCACUGUGACGUGGGGGAGUAUCCCACAGAUAAGGAGCAGGAUUCUAAUUGCAACACCUGCGAUGAGUCCUGUUUGGCUUGUAAGGGUCCUGGGCCACAAAACUGCACAGUAUGCCCUGAAUCGUUCAUCCUGACUGGCUGGCGCUGUCUGGCUUGCUGUCUGAAUGAAGAGGCAGGCGAAGAAGAGACAAGUGUACAGGACCCAGAGUGCUGUAACUGUACACAAACCACAGGUGAGUGUGUCCUCAUUACAAACUUUGCCUUCCGCAACCAUGAGGAAGAGGAGCAGUCAGGCAACCUGGCCAUCUUCGUCACUACCACCAUCCUGCUAGUAGGUGCAUUAGUCACCUUAGUUGUCAUGUUGUUCAAACGCUCCACUUCCAAAAAGCCCCCACCUGAUGCAACUGUUGCCCGGGGUUACGAAAAACUGGGCCACGGUGGAGCUAAGGACAGACACCAUGGCAGAAGCAUGACAUCAUCUUCCUCCACUUAUGGCGGCCAGGCCAGCUCUAGUUCCGGACAUUUCCAAGAGGCACAGCUGGUGGACCUCAGUGACGGCCAGUUGGGCCAAGGGGAUGAUGAGGAUGAUGAGGAUGAAGUAGAUGAAGAUAUUGUGUACAUGGGGCAGGAUGGUACGGUUUACCGCAAGUUCAGCUAUGGGCAGAUGGGAAAGGACCAGGACGAGGAGAUGGACUAUGACGAUGAGAGCUAUAAUUUCCGAUAAUUAAAAAAAAGAUUCCUGAAACCCUCACUGGUAGCAGAAGCACUUUGUCUCCUGUAAAAUAAUGUGUUUGCCCCACUAGUCCAGUAGAUGGCUCAUAGUUCAAGAUGCACCUCAGAGACACUAAGAAGUUGAAUUAUUGAACUUCUAGGCUGGCAACAUAGGCCAAAGUUAAACCGGGUUCAACGUCUAUAACAAAAAAUGUGUUCAAAGUUGUUUUAGUAAGUUAUUGGUUAUGUUUAAGAAACUUUACAAGUGGUUUGGUUUACCUACAUCAGACAUUGGGAAGUCCAUUAUUAAUUUUGCAAUGGCUUUUAAUUUUUCUCUUCUUGCUCUAUGUAUUGCUCUAGGUUUACUAUGUAUGGUCAAACAAAAAUCACUUAACCUUUUGGUUCAUGGGUCUCAAUGUCAGCACCUUUAGACAAAUUGUUUUCUGUGCUAUUUUUGAUUGUGUGAAGCAAUGCAUUUCACUGAGGCAACCAUUUGAACAGCCCAUACACAGCAUUAAAUAUAAUUUCUGAAGGGCUUACAUGGUAACUGAGAUACCGUUUCCUUUGGAGACACAUUGACUUUGUUUGCUGUCAUUGAUUUUGUUGUGGAAGUGUGUCUCAUCCACUCAUUUUAAUAAAAGUGGGAUAAAUAACAAAUAUUGACUUUCUGAAAUUAAAAUGGAAUAUGACAACUUUCAAAAAGAAUAGCUCAGCAGGACAAAGACAUAUAUAAAAACAAACUUUUAACUUUUAUAAAUUCUAAAACUACCAGAAGUCUGCCUAUUCUAACACAAUAAUGCAUGCUACAGAAUUAAGUUAGAGGUAAAUUUAUUGAUAUUUCUGCAUCAUUUUACGUUAACACACUUUGAAAAGGCCUCUGUCUCAGCUCUCCAUUUAAUCAAUGUUUUGAGAUUAUUUCAAAUGACUACAUAACUAAGAAACAUGCAGUGACGUGCAUGCACCUGAGCACACCCACACAUGACUAUGUAAAUAUUGUGCUUGUAGCACUUGUCUUAGUUCCCCUAUGAGUUCUUUUCAUUUGUACAGGAGGAACCUGAGAGACAUAAUGGCAUACUAAUAAGAAAGCACACAUACACACACCCAACUCAUAAUUACACUUACAGGCCACCCAUAGCCACACACAAAGAGGUGUUCUGGAGUAGACUGACUGAUAGCAGUCCGCUGAAGCGGUCAACAAAUUAGUCUGUCCAGUCAGAAGUAGUCGGAUCAUUACACAUCGCAAACACCCUGGCUGAAGAAAACAGACUUCAUUUUAAAAAGCCAUUCAUUUUGAGAGAACAAUUACUUACACAAAAUACCAGGUGAUUUAUGACUAAUGGCUGGUGAGUC